AUGUCAAGCAAGUAUACGGCUAUUUCAGUGGUAGCUCUGGGAGAAGCUCAAGACCCUCUCAUUCUCUGGCUCAACGGGGGGCCUGGCUGCAGCAGCAUGAUAGGACUCUUCAAGGAGAAUGGACCUUGCAGAUUCAAUGAUACUGAUUACAGCGACCUGUCUUGGAACGAACAAGCCAACCUUCUUUAUGUCGACCAACCUGCAGGAACAGGAUUCUCGGUUGGACCACCCGUUACCAAUGGCUCAUUUGAGGCCGCCGACGACUUGUACAUGGCCCUACAAGAGUUCUUUGCUAAGCAUACCAAGUAUGGAGGCAAAGAUUUCUACAUUACCGGGGAGGACUAUGCUGGUCACUACAUACCUGCCAUAGCUCAUAAGAUAUGGCGUGAGAACACUAAAGGGAUCGAGCCUCAUAUCAACCUUCGUGGACUGGCAAUCGGGAAUGGAUGGAUGAAUGCCGCAAUCCAGUGGAUGUUCCUGUGUUGA